UUUUAGAACUUUAGAUUGCAAGCGAUCCCCCAUCUCGAUUCCCCUUGGGUCGCAGAGUGCCCAGGCCAGCAAAACGUCAACGGUCACAUCUAGAGGGAGGGAGGAACGAUGGCCACCACCACCACGGCGACCCGCCGCCACCGCGGCCGGGGGUGCUGUGCCGAGGCGGCCGCCGCCGCCGACGACAUCGUGGUUGUUUCGCGAGCAGCCGCGCAGAAAGAAGGGUGGGGUAAGUUGCCGCGGCUGUCGCGGUUCGAGGAGCUGCCGGACUACCUCCGGGACAACGAGUUCAUCCGUGGCCAUUACCGCUGCGAGUGGUCCGUCCGCGACGCCCUCCACAGCAUCUUCGCCUGGCACAAUGAGACCCUCAACGUCUGGACCCACCUGGGCGGCUUCUUUCUGUUCCUGGGGCUUGCCGUCGCCGGCGAUACGGAGUGGCCGGCCGCCGCUGCGGCUCCGUGGAUCAUGACGACGUCGUCCAACGCGUCGUCGUGGGCGGCCAAGAACAGCUCGAGCUCGGCGAGCUAUAUUUCACCGGUGGUGGGUUGCGGCGAGCACGCUGUGGCGCGGUGGCCACGGAUGGUGUUCCUGUGCGGCACCAUGACGUGCAUGUUGAUGAGCGCUGCGGCGCAUCUGCUAGCCUCCCAUUCACGCCACUUCAGCCAGCUCUUAUGGCAGCUCGACUACGCGGGCAUCGCCGUUAUGAUGGUCUCCUUCUACUUCCCGCCCAUCUACUACAUCUUCCUUGGCAGCUUCGCCGCGCAGAUCGCCUACCUCUCCGCCGUUACCCUUCUCGGCGUGCUCAUUGUCGCUGCGCUCCUGGCCCCCGAACGGUCCUCGCCGCGGUUCCGGCACCUCCGGGCGGGGCUCUUCGCUUCCCUGGGCCUUUUAGGGGUCGUGCCGGCUCUGCACGCCCUCUGGCUCAACUGGGGACAACCAGAGUUCUAUCUGGCUCUAUCUCUCGUGCUUGCCAUGGGGCUUCUGAACGCAAUGGGCGCGGGGUUUUACGUCGCCAGAGUGCCGGAGAGGUGGUGCCCAGGGGUGUUCGACUGUGUCGGGCAUAGCCACCAGAUCUUCCACGUGUUGGUGCUCGUCGGUGCGCUUACACAGUAUGCGGCCACCGCCGUCUUCAUCGGCUGGCGUGAGGCCAUGGCUGCCGCCGCCGGUGCGCCGUCGGCUUUGUUUUGACGCGGGUGGAAUACGAUCAUGCUUAUUUGGCCAUUGGUUCCUUGGUUCUCAUGUUCGCGGUGCAGAUGAUUCUUAGGUCUCGAGGCUUGUAUUGGAAGAUUUUCCUCUUGGCUUUUCACUGGUAGUCUAUAACUCUAAAAUGACCGUGAUUGUCACAGAUUCACAGCGUUACGACCUAAGAAUACCACGCGCGUCGGGAUUUUUCAAAAUAUAAAUAAAU